AUGAUUGACGUUAACCUCGCAGUGAACUCUCUUCUCGAAUCAACGCCGAUGAAGAGUCAGAAGGAACAGAAACGUCUUCGCUAUCGAGGAGCUCGUCUCAUUACAGACGCCAUCGAGAAUCUCAUUGACUGGGCCGCGCGCGAUGGUGGCUACGAGAAACGCCGAAUGCUGCCCAACGUGGUCGUCGAGAUGGUAGACGUAGAUGGAAAAGAAGAAGACAUUGUGGAGGCCGUCACGACACAUAUGCGCUCUUUGAUUAAGAAACACCGAGAGUACUAUCGUGUCGACCGGAAGCCCAAUUUUUGGAACCACGCCGAUUUGCGAUUCACACAAAUGACGCCGUUGGGCCGCACCCUCAGGAGGAAACGGUCAAUGUGUCUGAAGAGGAAGAGGCCGCUUUCUGCGACACCAGAAUUGGACUUUGAAGACGACCUAGCCAGCGAGCAACCCGAGUAUGUGGUUGAAACGCCGAGGCGCCAACCAAAGCGCCGCCGCUGUGGCAGCUCGAGAAAGGGUCUCGCAGACGAUGUUCCUAAGUGGGACAAGGCGAAACCUAGCAUCGAGACAGACACCCCCGAUCCUUGGCUGACGCCGCACAACGUUGCUGUUAAAGUGGAGGACCUUUCCGAGGACUCCUCUCCGUACAUGGUCCCUCGAUAUACACGGUCACCUACUAGCGACGUGGCCAUGUCUCGGAGGUGCCCAGUGGUGUACGGCCUGUACGUGCUAGGCCUGACCGUUGUGGUUGUGACAGCCGACGCGGAGAAGGGUGUGAAUGCACCCAUCAGUUUCCAAGUUGACUGCCGCUUUGACGACAAGCACCAGAACGUCUGGAACGCCCUGACCAUUGCAACGGUGGUCUGCCUGGCAAGAGACGAGCUAAUGUCCCGGAUCGAUGACUUUGAGGAGGUAGAUACGACUUAUGACAGCGACCCCGAUGCCUGA